CUCUCCUCUCUCUCUCUCUGCACACGCUCCCCCCACCCCCCUCUUUCCCAGCAGCUAGGGUUUCUGCUUCCGUACUCUUCCAAUUCCUGUUGCUCCUGUUACCUUCAAUCAGCUCAAACGGACCACACCAAUCGCUCACAAUGCUCUCCUAUUUCCUACUUUCGCCCCUAAAAUAAGCUUCGAUUCAACCUCCCCCUCUCUCUCUCUAUAUAAUAUCUAUACUAAAUCUCUGUUCUGCAACUAUAGCAUCGAAGUUCAAUCAUUGAUGGCGAAAACCAAACCUGGCAAGAAAGACUUGGAUUCUUACACUAUCAAAGGCACCAACGUCAGACCCGGAGAUUGUGUGUUGAUGCGGCCAUCGGACUCCGAUAAGCCGCCUUACGUGGCACGGGUGGAGAGGAUCGAAGCUGAUCAUCGUAAUAACGUGAAGGUUCGGGUACGGUGGUAUUACCGACCGGAGGAGUCUAUUGGAGGGCGGAGACAGUUCCAUGGAGCAAAAGAGUUGUUCUUGUCGGACCAUUAUGAUAUGCAGAGUGCUCACACUAUAGAAGGGAAGUGCAUUGUUCAUUCUUUCAAAAAUUACACUAAGCUCGAGAAUGUUGGUGCCGAGGAUUACUUUUGUCGAUUCGAGUACAAGGCUUCAACCGGAGGGUUCACUCCGGACCGUGUUGCUGUGUACUGUAAGUGUGAAAUGCCUUAUAAUCCGGAUGACCUUAUGGUGCAAUGCGAGGGGUGCAAGGACUGGUUCCAUCCUUCUUGUAUGGGUAUGACCAUUGAAGAAGCAAAAAAAUUGGAGCAUUUCUUAUGUUCUGAUUGUUCAUCUGAUGACGACACGAAAAGAUCCCUGAACUCAUUCCCAGUAUCACCAUCUGUUGAGGCUAAGGUGGAGCCAAAGCGCAGGAAGAGAUGACAGAUUGAUACUGAUGUAUUACAAGGGAGGUACUCGUUUUCUUGCGUAUUAGCUCGAGUAUCGUUGUGUUGUGGAAUUGUACAGUGCAGAGAAGAUACAGUGCUUGCACAAACCCGAGGCUUUCCUUAAUUUAAGGUGUUAAAAACUUUAUAAUCUGCAAGUGUCUGUAUGUGUGUGCUAGACUUAGGAGACUACAUUGUGAUCUUUGUGAUGUCCAUGCAGAGCAAUUUGUGCCAAAAAAAAAAAAAAAAAAAGGGAAAAGAAAU